AUGUGGUUUCCUAAACCAAUAGUCGUGCAGCCGAUUUUGGGCAAUCUACCCGCGGAACGAGUAGAACCGACGCGCGCUUUUUCAAGUUGCGGUAUUGAUUUUGCCGGCCCUUUUAUGAUCAAGACAAGUGUGCGGCGUAAUGCCCCUUUAGUAAAAGCGUAUGUAUGUAUUUUUGUUUGUUUUUCAACAAAAGCAGUACACAUGGAAUUAGUCGGAGAUCUGAGCACACCAGCAUUUAUUAACGCAUUAAAUCGUUUUUUUGACCGACGAGGAAGAAGUAUUACUAUUUAUACCGACAACGCGACUAACUUUGUUGGAGCAAAUCGCAAAAUGAAGGAAUGGAGCAAUCUAUUUCAUUCGGAACAAAAUAAAAAAAAGGUACAUGACGCGUUAACAGACCUCGGCGUUCAAUGGCGUUUUAUUCCCCCGCGAUCACCGCACUUCGGUGGGUUAUGGGAAGCCGCGGUCAAGUCCAUGAAGCAGUUAUUACAGAAGACUGUAGGUAACGCUCACUUGCGUUUUGAAGAGCUUAGUACUGUGCUUACGCGUGCCGAAGCUUGCCUAAAUUCCCGACCUAUUACUCCUAUGUCAUCCGACCCAAACGACACGUCCUUUUUGACCCCAGGUCAUUUCCUUAUAGGCGACUCACUUUUAUCGAUACCGGAACCCGACUUGUCAAAUAUACCGACAAGCCAUUUGUCGAGAUGGCGUCGCGUGACUCAAUAUUCACGAACUAUCUGGCAGAAAUGGAGUCGUGAGUAUUUGAAUCAGCUACAAGAGAGAAAGAGGUGGGCUGGUGCCAAGGGACCUAAACUGGAAGUGGGUACCGUGGUAUUAAUGCGAGAAGAUAACCUCCCUCCAUUAAGAUGGCGUUUAGCGCGAGUUACAAAGGUUAUUGCUGGUGAUGAUGGUGAGGUGCGGGUCGCUGAAGUCCAAACUACGACGGGACAGUUCACACGGGCAGUUCGACAAUUGUGUCCAUUGCCGUUUAAAGAAAACGGCACUGAGUAG